AUGGGGUCGGAUUCGAACUCAGCAACAGCAUCAGCAUCGACAUCAACAUCAGCAUCAACACCAUCGACGCCAAAUGGGAAGCGAAGUAGAGAUCCUGAAGAUGAGAUCUAUCUUGACAAUCUCCGUUCUCACAAGCGUUACCUCAGUGAGAUAAUGGCAUCUAGUUUGAAUGGAUUAACAGUUGAAGACCCACUCCAGGACAAUCUUAUGGAAUCUCCUGCCAGGUCUGACACCAUGGCUUUUGUCAGGGAUGAAAUGUCCUUCCAAUAUUCACCAAUGUCAGAAGACUCUGAUGACUCUAGAUUUUGUGAGACCCCUAUAAAUGCUUGCUCGCCUCAAUCUGAAAGUCUACCCAGCAGUCCAGUUUCUCCAUAUAGGUACCAAAGACCACUUAUUGGGUUCUCUUCUGCUCCUUAUACCAGCUCAUUCCCUUCACAUGGCGGCACUGUCACCAGUGUCACUUCACAGCCUCGUCAACUAGGUUCAGAUUCUGAGGGCCGGUUCCCGUCAUCACCUAGUGACAUAUGCCACUCAGCUGACCUAAGGAGGGCUGCACUGCUGCGUUCUGUGCAGAUGAGAACACAACCUCCCGGUCCAUCAUCUUUUGAAUUGCCAUUUGGUUCAGGACACGAGCCUGGAUCUAACAUUGAAGUUGAAGAGCGACCAUGCUCAUAUAUGAAGUCCUUAGUUGAAGGGAGGGAGUAUCCGCUUGAGGAGUGUUCUUCAAUGAGCAUCUCAGAACCUGAAUUUAAUGAAGAGAAGGCGUGUCGGGUUUUGAAUAUGAACAUAAAAGGGAAUGAUCCUGGAGCUAAGGCCAGUGCUGCUGUAAUCUCUGAUACUACAGCUGAAGCCUGGGUUGUCGAGCUGUCCAGUUGUCAUGGAUAUACGUUUGAAUUUGCGAUGUCUCGGAAGUGUGAUGUUCUGUUUGGCCAUACUCUUUGCGGGUUCUGUAUGGAUUUGAGAUCUCAAUUCAAUGGAAAAGAGGUCCAGCGGAUAGUAUCAUAG